UUGGUCUGAUGUCAGAAACAUAUGUUUAGCUUGCAUUAUGUAUAAAUAAUACGUUUUGUUUUUUAUUUUACCAAUUACCAAUCGCAUUAUUCAUGGUUUUACGAAGCCACUUAAAUUAGUCAAUAGCCAGAUUGUGUCAAGAUGAAAAUCAACGAGAAGAACUUGUGCGUUUUUGCCAGAACGCCGCCCUUUGACAUGGAAGGCUUUCUUAAAAAACGGGGCGAGGUAAACAAGGCCUUUCAGAGACGCUAUUUUGUGCUGAAAGGCAAUCUACUGUUUUACUUUGAAACGCGAAUGGACAAGGAACCAUUGGGAUUAAUAAUCGUCGAAGGCUGUACCAUAGAGUUAUCUCUGGAAUCGGACAUUGACAAUUAUUGUUUUGAGAUAGCAUUUAAUGGCAAUCGUACCUAUAUACUGGCUGCGGAAACGCAGGAAAGCAUGGAGUUAUGGAUGAAGGCGUUGACGUGCGCUGGCUACGAAUACAAAAGAAUUAUUGUAACCGAGCUGCAACGCCAACUGCAGGAGAUUGAAGACUCCAGAAACAAAAUGCGCAGUGAUACUUCGCUUGCGGAAACGGAUGCAUCUGGAAAGCCUAAGCCGCCGCCGAGACGUCAAAAUCCAUUUAAUAGGCCGGCACCACCGCCACCUGAUGCACCACCAGGUGGUGUUGGCCUUCGUGGUGGUGUUGUCAUGUCUCCCAUGCCCUUUAUACCCGGCUACUUUGGUUCGAGCAAUGCUAAAGCGCAACAGGAGCAACACAAACAACAACAGCAAGAACAACAUCUGCGCUUGGAUAAUGGCAAUGGCAGUCCACAAACUACACCCAAAGCAACGCGCCGACAUGGCAUUGGACCAUCUCCUAGUAUCUUCUAUAAUGAUCCGCCCGCAGUGCCUGCCAGACUCUCAGUAUUAUCGAGCAGCAGCAGCAAUAACAACAACAACACCGACGUCGACCGCUUGGAGGAGCAGCGUCGUCUUAUCAAAGCCAUUGAGGAGUUCAAACGGAACCACGAGCAUUUUCGAAGUGUUGUCAUGGCCGAUAUCGUUGCGUAUCGCGAUCGUCGAAAUAAACCUCUGAUACUGUUCUGAUCCUGUUACGCAAAAUGAACUGGCAGCGACUCCAAAUAGGUCUUUAUCUUAUGUAUUAUCAUCCAUUUUGUGCUAAAUCAAGUUUACAUUUAAAUUAUAUUUAUGUUCCAUUUAAAUAUACGCGCUGUUCACAAAA